GCAGUAAAUUUUUCGCACAACGAAAGAAAAAAAGUUGAUCAGAUCAGCCAGCGAGUCGCGAAAAAAGUCAAUAAGAUAAAAUUACCCGUUUUAAUCCGUUCUGUAGGUGUUUUCCGGCAGUGGAAAACGUUUUCCGUUCUAGUCGAUCGCGCUAGCUAGGUUUUGGACAGAAGAUUUUCUCCCGGGACGUCGCGAUUCCGUUGUAAACGGCACUUGAAGAAAACCCACGACCAUCAUCUUCACACAUACUACUCGGCCAUCUUGAAAGUUGAUCCCCCCGUUUAGUUUUUUUUUCUCAUUGCGCUGUUUAGUUUCGUUUCAUCGUACGCUCGGUUCGCGUUAUUUUUUAAUUUCGUUACUUAAAUAUCGGAGUGGCCACCGUUGGGCCAUAAACUGGUCGUGAAGCCAGCUAUCGGUCAAUCUGGAACGCUUCGCCAGCGGAAUCCGCCCUUAGAAGCGCUGUCAAAAACAAAGGCAACUGGAACUCCCCGUCAUACGAAAGGCGGAUAAUUACUAAAAGUCGCCGGUCAGUCAGUCAGUCAAUUUAUUGUGAAACCGGAUUCGUCGCCGGGGCUGCAACAGUUCUUGGGGUGUCCGCUUUGUAUGUUCGGAUUAUGUCUGAUUCCCAAGACCAGAUGUCAACAUAGCCAUGGCUGCGACGAGAAAGUUGCAAGGUGAAAUUGAUCGGUGUCUAAAGAAAGUCACUGAAGGUGUGGAAACUUUUGAAGAUAUUUGGCAAAAAGUUCACAAUGCUACGAACAGCAAUCAGAAGGUAUGUGAAAAGUAUGAAGCCGAUCUCAAGAAGGAAAUCAAGAAGUUGCAGAGGCUACGCGAUCAGAUCAAAUCAUGGAUCGCAUCCGGCGAGAUCAAGGACAAAAGCGCGCUGUUGGAGAAUCGACGGCUCAUAGAAACUCAAAUGGAAAGGUUCAAAGUGGUGGAGCGAGAAACCAAAACGAAAGCCUACUCGAAGGAAGGUCUGGGAGCGGCGCAAAAAAUGGAUCCAGCCCAGAGAGAGAAGGAAGAAAUCAGCAGUUGGUUAGCGUCCUCGAUAAGCUCUCUUCAGAUUCAGAUAGAUCAAUUUGAAUGUGAAAUCGAGUCGCUGAUAGCUGGUAAGAAAAAGAAACUCGAUAAGGAUAAGCAGGAAAAGAUGGAUGAACUGAAGGGCAAACUAGAGAGGCACAAAUUCCACGUAACCAAACUGGAAACCUUACUCCGAAUGCUAGACAACGAUGGAGUUGAUGUGGAGCAGAUUAAGAAGAUCAAAGAUGAUGUGGAGUAUUACAUCGAUUCCUCGCAAGAACCCGAUUUCGAAGAAAAUGAAUAUAUCUACGACGAUAUCAUUGGACUGGAUGAGGUGGAGAUAUCUGAUCUCUCAACACCAGGACUGGGUGCCUCUGCGGGCACGGAAAGCAAUAACAGUAACGAAACGGCCGGAUCUCCUAGCAGUUUAAUAUCUGGAAUCAGCCCUUCGCAGUCGCCAGUUAUGAACUGCAGUGCGUCAACGAUGCACAACCACAGUAGCGAAAUCGAUGGCAGUGGUGACAAGAGGGCCAAGGAUGUCAAGAUUACGCCAAUUAAACCCACGGCGAUUCGAGCGACAGGCAAAGUGGACAUCAACCUAUCCACCGGACCUGUGGGCAACAACUCGUUGAACAACAACAGCAGUAGUGCUAACAACACCAGCACCAACACGUCCAACAACAAGUCCGGACUUAUAAGUUCGACACCGAGUAAAAAUCACACGAAUGCAGCAGCAAUUGUGGCCGGAGGUGUGUUACCAAAUAGCAGCAGUAUCGUGGCGCCUCAGGCACCUGCUGGUGGGAUCACUCAUCCACCCAUUAUUGGUCCUGCAUUCGCUGCUGUGGCUAAACAACAUCCUGUUACACCUAACCCGAGUAGUCAAUCAUCGGUGGCUCCAAAUGCAUCCGGUGCUACAGUUAGUAAUCUGAGCCAGAUUGUGAAUGCUUCUCAGCCUACGCUUAGUCAGCAGUUGCAGCAAGUGCAACAGCAGCAGCAGCAAUCUAAUCUUGCUUCUGGAAUACUAUCGAAUGCAGCAGCAGUGGUAGCAAGCAAUGUCCAGCAGCAGCAACCUCAACCUCCACAACAACAACCACCCCAGCAAGUUUCGGGUCAGAAUUCCAUAGCACUCCCACAUGGAGUUGCUCUCUCGGCCGCAUCUUCGGGUAUUGAGAAUAAUCAUGUGAUGACGACCUCGUCAGCAUCGACAAUUAGCAGUAGUGGAGCAAAUAUUAUUAACAAUUGCGUUUCCCCUAGUAAUUCCACUGUUAGUAGUAGAGCGUCUCCGAGCCUAAUGUCCCCGCCUCAGCAACAACAGCAGCUGUUGAACGGUCCUACAGCACUCGGUAAGAAUACCGUAGUACCAAUCCAUUUAGCAACAACUCACCCGAUGUCUACAUUGAAAAACAUAGCCCAGGAAGUAAUAAACCGAACAAGCAGUAGUCUGGAAGCUGGAUUAUCUCCGGCCCCCGGUGGAACACUUGUACAGCAGCAACCCUCGCAAACCGGUGUGCAACCUCAACCACAGCAGCAGCAGCAGCAACAACAACAACAGCCACCACCAGCGGUACAACAGCAACUCCAACCUCAGCCAGAUACGAGACAACCGGGUAGUCAGGUAGCUAUUCCUGGUAGCCAACCACCACCCCCAUCUCAGCAACCACAGCCCCAACAACAGCAGCAGCAGCAACAACAACCCCAACAACAACAGCAGCAGCAGCAGCAGCAACAACAACAGUCAUUCACUUUAGUGGAUUCUACGAACAGUACGAACUCUCUAAUACCGACGUCGUCAACUACUGCCAUCAGCAACGGGCCCAACGCGAUCAUCAACACAAGCACAAGUAUUGUUGCGAAUCCCGCGAACCCUAAUGUGCCGACCAGUGUAACCAGUAUGAAAGCGAGCGGAACCAACGAAGCGCACAUACCUCCACUAUUAGGGGUGGCACCUCUGGGACCUUCGCCACUGCAGAAGGAACAUCAAAUUCAAUUUCAAAUGAUGGAAGCCGCUUACUACCACCUGCCAAUGCCAAGUGAUUCCGAACGGCUUAGAACGUAUUUGCAUCGACAGCCGGUACAGACGCCACCACACUAUCCACAGCAACAACUUCCACAUUCUGACACCGUUGAGUUUUUCCAACGUCUAUCGCCUGAAACGCUGUUCUUCGUGUUUUACUACAUGGAGGGCACCAAGGCGCAGUAUCUGGCGGCAAAGGCUCUCAAGAAGCAAAGCUGGCGAUUUCACACCAAGUAUAUGAUGUGGUUCCAGCGCCAUGAAGAGCCGAAAAUAAUCAACGAAGAAUUUGAACAGGGAACCUACAUCUACUUUGACUAUGAAAAGUGGGGCCAGCGGAAAAAAGAAGGAUUCACUUUCGAAUACAAGUACUUAGAAGACAGGGACCUGAAUUGAUCUAUGAUGAUUACGAAAAUUCUUUUUUAAGAAAAAAUUGUUUAAAAAAACUGGAAAACUCAUCAAUAAAAAUCGCAAGAAAUAUUGAAAGCAUAUUUGAAAAACUGACAAAAGAUCAAAUUAUAAAACAAUCGAAAACGUACUAACCGCAGUGCCGCCAGCAAUCUAUGUUAACGUCAUCGCAGCACUGUAAAUCGAGUGCACGUGAGAUUGUAGGCGAAUCUGUUGAUACCGUUUCGUCUGCAAAGCAAAUGGCAUCAUUCUAGAACAGCAAGACAAAUGUCGAAUCCUCUAGAUAGGUGCUGAUCUGUUCUGCAUAAAAAUAUGCGAAAAUUGAGUUCAACGAGGCCAGGCCCUGCUUUCAAAAAUUGCAUUAGAUGAAAUGUUCUGCUUAAGAAAACGAGAUAAAAAACAACGGUAAAAGAAGAAGAUUAACCACUUUCAGCUGUUGAUCGGUCAUGAAAUUGCUCAGAAUAUCACCGAAUACUGAAAUAAUAGUUUGAAAAAAAAAAAUAAUAAUAAAAAAAACCACAUUAAUCCAACACAUCAACUACAUUCAACACAACACACAGAAACACAUCCACCCGCAAAAACAUUGCAAUUGUGAGUUGAAAUGCAUGUAAAAAUUUGCGUUUUGUUUUAUUUGGCUAUGGUAAAUUCGCCGCUUCUUUGUACUGCCAUCCAUCAAAUCGAUGUAAGAUUCGUUGUUUUGUUCUCUUGAAUUUAUUGUUCUACGUAUUGACUAUUUAUUCUGUGGUCCCAAAAACUCGUUGUUAUGCAAGGUAGAGAUUUUUUUAGAGCGAAUGAAAUUGCAAGUUACAUGUUAUCUAAAGUGUAAACCAAACGAAUCUUCAUUUUAACAUAAAUCGACAGAAAUACGACUUAUUGUGCUCUAACGAUGAGGCAUGUAAUAUAUUCUACUCAUAAAAUAUACAGUUGAAAAUUCCAUCAUUAAUGAAAAAUAGAAACGCAAGCACGGAAGAGUGAAAUUUACAUUGAGAAUGUGUUCGUCAUUGUGCGAAAACAACCCGAAUCCUUUAGCAAGUAAAUUGUGGCAUCUAGUUUUGCUUUAGAGAGUCAUUCAUACUAAAAUAGUAACAUGCGCGAUACACACAGAGAAAAAAAAGAAAAUCGAAAAAAGUAAACUGUUGUUCAUCCGCCAGUCCUAGUUAAACGAGUCAUCUUCAUUGAUUUAGAACUAAACACCAUUGAUAGGAAAAAACGGAGUCAUCGUGUAAAAUGCAGAAAAAAACAACGGCGAACUCGUGUAAGAAGUUAUAAGCAUUCAUUUUAUAAAUACCCCACACGCACUUCAACCAGAAUAAGCAACCACCAAAAUCACACUAAUGCUACAGAAUCAUACAGAAUUACCGAUAAUGAAAAAAUGAAACACUAGAACAGGUUUUGAACAGAAUGCGUUUAAUAGUGAAGAACGAAGUGUAGUUCUUCUUUCCAAGAUAUGAAUUGCUGCUUCCAUCAUCACAAAAAAGGCGCAAAAGAGAAGUAGAGGAUUCAACAGACAGAAUUUCCGAAACGCUAGCGCUAAAACGUUUUAACAACUGCACUUUUUGAAAGUGCUCGUUUUUGUGUUUUGCGUUUUCUGUUUAGAGAAAAAAUCGUCGUCUUUUCGAAAAAUUAUCUUGGAAAAACAAACGAAAGAAAAAAAUCAACAAUAAUGCGUAUUAAAAAUAUAUUACAAAAAACGAAUCCGCGCCUAGAAUAAUUCAAUGAAAGUGGUUAAUGCAAGAGAAAAAAAAACACUCGUCGUUCAAUUGACAUGGUAAAUAAUAAAUUCACCCAAAACAGAGAACAAAACAAGAAAAAAAACAUGAUCCAAGAAAUGAGAAAAUGAAACUGCAUUCAAAUGUGAUUUAUAAUUAUAGAUAAAAUGAAAAAACAAAAAAUACACUUAUAUAUUGAAAACAAA